AUGAGAAUUAAUUUUAAAGUGAAGUGUAAAGUCAAGCCGGUCCAUAUCAAACUUUGUGGAGUGAAUGCGACUGUUGGACCUGUGACCGUCAACUUUUCAAAGGAAAAUGCUGUGACGACAGUCGACACAAUUCAUGUGACGUAUGAGUCUCUCAAUUCGGAAAAUUGUUUGCAAACGCAUGACAUUUUCUCAUCAAAAGCAUCACAGAACAUACAAACACAACAACAAGAACCCGUAGUUAAAUACACAUCAAAUAUCAGUGAGAGUGGGAAACACAGUUCCGUCAUAGUGAACACCCCCAUCUUCACCUUUUCCCCACAACUCUUCAAAGCACUGAUGAAUAAAAUAAAAGCUUUUAAAACACUCCUUUUGCUGUUGGACUUACUCUUUCAAAUGUAUUCCAACAUGUGCGACUCUCUCGACGACUUUUUGACAAGUGAAGACACCCCCACCAUCGACUUCUCCUUUGAAAUAUUCUCGAAGGAGUGGAUGGUCUCUGUGGUCGACAAGUUGUGGGAGGAGCGGUUUAGUUUGAGUGGCGACACGAGUUUGUAUUACUCCGUUGACUCUUUUUCAAACUCGAAGAUUCGUCUUGUUUUAAUGAAUUAUCAAAUCUCCUCGGUGAUGCACCGCCUCAUGAAACUCCCACAUCUCCUCUUGCCAACAACGACAAUUAUUGUCUUAAAUAAACCAAAGAAUGAAUUGAAGUGGGACCUUGACAUUCAAAACGACAAUUUGUCUGUUGUCCUCACUUCCUCUGACAUUUGCAUAGUCAAACAGUUUUGGACUGAAUUGAUCGAUAGAGAAGAAAUGAAAGAAUCGACGGGAAUGUACACAAUGAAGAAAUACAAAAUCGAGCGACGCGGAUGUGUUGAAAGAAAGAAGAGGAAGGAAUGGUUCAAAGAAGUUCGCAUAAAGACUUUGAUCGAAAUCGUCAUCCAAAAAGAUGUCAAUGAAGGUGACCGCUGGUGGAGUUACCCACUUUUUAAAUUCUACUUGGACGACCUCGACAUCACACAAAUAAAGAACGACAAAGUCGAGAACGUCUAUAGUGGUGGGUUGAAAGUGACUCUUCAAAAUUACUCUGCGGACUUAGACCGGUGGAUUUCAGUCAUUGAACCUUCUGUUUUUGUCUUAGGAAAUACACCCACACACAGACCAAAGUUGUUUACAAGUGAAUUUGACAUCAACGUCUUCCCUUCACUUGUUAAAGAGUGUUCGGAUUUCUUGAUAUGUUGUGACAACACGCCAUCGACACAGGGAAGAUAUGACGAAUCGAAUGAUAUCACUUUUGAAAACCAAACGCCACUUGACAUCGAACUCUCAAGUUGCAAUCAGUCGUUUAAAAUUGCUGCGUAUGCCAGUGGAACAAUUAUGUUGGAUCACACACUUCUAAUUUCUGUCAAGAACUUCGCGGAGAUCAAAAUCGCGUUUGCGACGUGUGAAGCGCCAUUAAUGCGAGGAGAACGGUACUGCGGGAGUCUCUUAUUUGUCGUCCAUUUUGGGAAAAUUGUCAUGUCAAGUUCGUUGAAUGUUUUCAAUCACACAAGCGAUCGCCUUGAUUUGAUUUUUAAAAGUCGCACAAAUCCAAAUCCAUGUCUUCUUUCACUCUCCAAAUUCGAACAGAAAAGUUUUCAUCCCGUUCUCACAACAAUUCCACUGUAUUUCGACUCACACAAUAAAGCAAUUGAAAUCACUGAACGAAUCCAAAGACAAUUUGUAGGUCGUGUCUUUUCAGAACAUUUUGUUAUGAAGAACAACCAUUACACUCUUCUCGCUGUCAAUACAAAACACAACAAAAGUAUGAUGACUACACUUCACAUCUUUAAUUCUUUCCAAUUCAUUAAUAACACACCUUAUCACUUGACUCUCAUCUUAAUCGCUGAUGCUUUAAAACAAAAGGCUCAGAUCAAAGCUAAUGAUAUCACUACUUUCCCACUCCUCCCACAAAUCAUCAAAUUCAAAUUGGAAGGACCUGACAAUCUUGCACUCUAUGAAGAGAUCCCAGAGCCACUCAAAGACCCUUGUGUCUUCAUUUGUAAUGACGUAGUUAAUCAAGACGUCGUCUAUGACAUUUCAGACUCCGUCAAAGGAAAGUUGACGACUCUCGACAACACUCUCUCCUUUGAAAUAUUUAUGACCGGCUUUGUCCGCAAUCUGACGCCCCUUCCUCUCCCAAUCAACUCAAUCGACGUCCCAAAUCUGAAGCGCCAAUUCCCAAUCGCUCGCUACUUCAAAAUCCACACUAAACAACUCGACUUCGACUCUUUCGAAAAGACCGACCUUGAAAUCCAGACCCGUACCGAGAAGCAUCACUACAUCGUGACAGUCGAAGACACUCACUUGGACUCUUCUUUCUCGCAACAUGAAGUUGAAUGUCCCAUUUGUGGGAUCACCAAAGUCGUCACUGUCCGCCCAAAGUUCUUAGUAAAGAACAAGACCAAAUUCACCUUCGAAUAUGUCACCGAGGAAAAUAAAGAGAUGCGCAUUGCGUUGGAACCUAACGACCAACACGAAGUCUUCUAUACCCAAAUUUUGGUCUAUUUACACAACGUCCCACGACUGAUCAAUUUGGACGAGACAAUCUCCGGUGACGUCUUCUUCGACGGGAUCUUGAAAAUCGACACCCGUGCCGAACGGAGCGGAAAUUACGUGACGGAGAUUAAAGGAUGUGCCGCGCCGGUCAUGCGGAUCGAAAACGAGUUGGACGUGCCCCUCCAUUUCCAUCAAAAGGGGUGUAAAGUGAGUUUUGAGGUGCCGAGUCUGCACGGGCAAGUGAUUGCGUGGGAACAUCUUGGGAAGGAGAAGAUUUUAGUAGUGAAUGGAGGGGAGGUGUGUCCGUAUAAGAUGACGGACCAAAAUUUCAGUGUGAAGGAUCCGCGGACUAAAGAGGAGAAAACGCUUCGCGUUGAAUUCAUCAGUGAGAGGGGGAUAUGUAUGAGGAUUUGUAUGUCGCGAAAUAUCGAAGAGAAUAAUGAAGAGAAGAAUCAUAUGGAGUGUACGAUGAUGGUCAUUGGGGUGUCAUUGUAUGAUGCAAAUUUAGAUGAAGUUCUCUUUUUCAAUGGGUACGGGGUGACCGCUAUCUAUUCCGACAAAGAAGAAAGUGAGUUUGAGAUAUGUUGUGAUUAUUUCCAGAUUGACAACGUGAGUGCUCACUAUGAUGACGUGUGCACACUUGUUCGUGCAGAUGAAGACCACUUGGAUUGGACCGAAGAUCCAACUCAAAAAAUGAUCCACUUUUCGGGACGGUUCAAAGUGUUAGGAAAUUAUAAGAUCUAUCUCAGAUUCUUGACGUUUAAUAUGCAAUCUUUGAGAGUGGAAAGCGAUACAAAUAGUAUUAAUGAGGUGUUAAAAGUCAUCCGACAAUAUCAAGUUCUCGAAAAAGUCAAUAAAAAAAGUGAGCAAUCGCCUUCCCUCGAAUUAAUCGCAAACUACUUAUGUAUCAAUCCCGUCAAUCUGCACAUCAAAAUCUCAGGAAAGAGUGUUGACAACCCCGUCCAUCCCAUAUUUAAAAAACUGAGUUCUGUCAGUGCAAUCGACUUGAACGUGUCAACCUCAAAGUUCGACGUCAACGAAAACGCUCUUACUAUAAAGGAACUAAUAAACAACUAUAAAGAAACUAUUUUAAAGGAGUAUGGGAUGGGGCGCAUCCUUAAAAUGCUCUUGGGGCUCUACACCCCAUCCCCCAUUCUACCCCUCGGAGCAGUUAUUUUCAGGAUCUCCAAUUCAAGUACCUUUGAAGGGGGGAAGUACCUUCCAUAUUAUGUUUUAAAAUCUUCUGGUGAAUCUCCGAUCCAGACGAGUGGGAGGUUAGGUAUCCGUGUUGUGAAGUGUUUAGAGACGUGUGUGGAAGACUUUGAUAUUGACCAAAUGAAAGAUCGCCGGAAGCCAGGCCGUCGCGGGCUUGUGGAUCUUUUUAAUCUUCAUCGGGAGCUUGGGGUGAGUCUUUGUGGGCAAAUCAGUGGAUUUAAAGAGUUCGUUGGACUUGUGAAUAGAAAGGGAGAGCACUUAAUAGCUUUGUGGAGUGUCAAUGGAAGUGCAAUUCAAUCAAUAAAAUACGAAAAAGUCGGGAUUUGUUUGACUCUUGGGGAUAAAAGUCAAUACAUUGCUGAGGGAUUCUCAAAAAGUAGAAUUAAUGACGUAAAGGAAAUGAUUCAAAAAGAGGGAAUUAAAAUCGAGACGAUUCUGUUCGGCUAA